ACACUUGGUCGGCGCUGGACCAGACCAGGCGACCAGGGGCGGGCAUUUGGCUGGGUCGCGCCAGGCCCGGUCUUGUGUCUGGACUCUUCCCCAGCACCACCAUCCAUCGCUUCGCUAUGGCGGACGUCAACAGCGGUAUCGAGGCCUACCUGCUCCUGGCCAAAAACGCAAAGGGCGCUGCAUGUGCAAAGCUCAUCCAGGACGUGCUGGCCGCCCCCAACGUCUUCGUCUAUGGCGAGCUUCUCGAUGCACCUUCCAUCAGAGAUCUCGAGUCCAGCGCUCAACAUCGCCCGUACUACAAGCUGCUGGAACUCUUCGCCUUUGGAACUUAUGCCGACUACAAAGCCCAAGAGCAGAGCCUGCCCCCGCUUACCGAUGUCCAGAUCAAAAAACUCAAGCAUUUGACUCUCGUCACCCUGUCCGGCCAGAGCGGGACUCUCUUCUAUCAGAGCCUGCUCAAGGAGCUUGAGAUCUCCAACGUGCGCGAGCUCGAGGAUCUCAUCAUCGAUGCCAUUUAUCUGGGGCUCGUCAAGGGACGGCUCGACCAGAAGAAGCACUGUCUAGAGGUGGAGCAUACCAUUGGCCGCGAUAUCCGAAAGGAGGACAUGGAUCUGAUCCUGAACACCUUCAACUCUUGGUCCGAGAUCUCGGGUAGCAUCUUGAAGUUCAUCGACAGCAAAAUCGACUCGGUUAACCGACAGAUGACCGAUAGCAAAGACCAGGAGCUGGCCUUUGAGGAGCACUUCCGAAGACUCACCCAGGACAAGAGCGGAGGCAGUGGUAGCAUCGGAUCCCGCUACGAUCAGGCUAUGGAAGUCGACGAGCGCCGCGUCGGUGUUGAGUUCGACGAGUCCGGUCGACGAUCACACCGUCGUAAUGUGGGCAACUUCUUCAAGGGCCGUUUUGGCUCGCGCAGAUAGUCCGGACACUCGUUCACUACAGCCCAGCGAUCUGUCAUUGGAGCGAUCUGCAUAUCACAGUAUUCGGCAUGAGCUCGUUCCAGAGCAUUUCGAGCCCCAGGCAAUACAGUGCACUCAUAACGAUGCAAGACUGCCUCGUUGCAGUGUCGGUAACGCCCAUAGUGA